UGACAUUCUAAACCAACCAACGUGUUGUUAUUUUUUCUGGUCGAUUUUUACCCGUACAGCAACCAACAGUACUACGGCUACGGCUAUUUUUCAGAGCCACAGUACAAAUGGCUAAAACUACAACUUUAAAGUUGAUUGAUAUCGGAGUGAAUUUGACAGAUAAUGUUUUUAGAGGACUGUACCAUGGAAAACAAAAACAUAAAGAUGACUUUCUUGAAGUUUUGCAAAGAGCUCUUAGUGUUGGUGUUCAAAAGCUGAUGGUAACAGGAGGGAGCUUAAAAGACAGUAAGGAGGCUUUGGAUCUAGCAAAAACACAUGAUUCUCUGUACUCUACAGUUGGUUGUCAUCCUACCCGAUGUAGUGAGUUUGAACAAGAAGGCUCUGACAGUUACCUGGAUGACCUUCUAGGCUUGGUAAAGGAGGGUCAGGACAAAGUUGUAGCCAUUGGAGAAUGUGGUCUAGAUUAUGAUAGGCUUCACUUUUGUCCAAAGGAGACCCAACUGAAAUAUUUUGAACAGCAGAUGGAAUUGGCUGAGAAAUCCAAGCUUCCAAUGUUUCUGCAUUGUCGAAACUCACACAGUGACUUCAUAGAUAUAAUGAAGAGGAAUAGAGACAGAUAUACAGGUGGGGUGGUACACAGCUUUGAUGGGUCAAAAGACGAAGCAAAAGCUGUUAUUGAUUUAGGUCUUUACAUUGGUAUCAAUGGCUGUUCAUUAAAAACUCAAGAAAACAUUGAUGUAAUGUGUUCAAUACCAUCUGAAUGGUUGAUGAUAGAAACAGAUGCUCCGUGGUGUGAAGUAAAGGCUACUCAUGCUGGUUCAAAGUUUAUCCAAACUACGUUUCCUAAAUGCAAGAAAGAAAAAUGGGAGGAUGGUCACUGUGUCAAAGGUCGCAAUGAACCUUGUCACAUUGUGCAAGUCUUAGAAGUGAUGGCAGGAGCAAGAGGGGAAGAUACUAAUGAACUUGCCAAUGCUAUGUACCACAAUACACUCAAUCUAUUCUUCAAUAAGAAGUCUUGAUACAAGAAGUCGUGAUACAUACUUCAUAUCAUAUACCAUCAAACUACUUAAAGAUCACAUGUACAGUAUCUAGAAAACUAAUAAUUGUUAUUCUUAAUAUAAAUUAAUCAGGGGCGGAUCCAGGAUUUAACAGAGGGUGGUUCAAUAUGUUUCCAAAAAUACCCAAAAUGAAAUCGGGGUUCUCCCCCGGGAAAAUUUUGAUUCCUAGAUGGCCGGAAAUGAGCUUUCCCAAUUUCUGAGGAGUCUUUUAAUGACCUUUAAGUUCUUCAAAA